AUUUUCAAAUUGCGAAAGUUCUGUUUUGGUUACAUUUCAUUUCAUUAUAGUACUUUACUUUUAUAUUGGCAACAGUGGCAGUUAAACAUGAACGCCACCUGUUUUGACAUUUGUAAUCAAUUUGUCAAUAAUUUGUUAGUGAAAGGUUUUGUAAAUAAUUUUGUAAAAAAUGUCAACGAAUGAGCAGAAAGCCCAACAGCUUAUAGCUGAGGCAGAAAAGAAGGUUUCUUCGAGAGGAUUUUUCGGAUCUUUAUUUGGAGGUUCUAGUCGUAUUGAAGAUGCAGUGGAAUGUUAUCAAAGGGCAGCCAAUCUAUUUAAAAUGGCUAAGAACUGGCCAUCUGCAGGAAGUGCUUUCUGCGAAGCUGCAAAUCUACAUUUGAGGAGUGGAGCUAGGCAUGAUGCUGCUACAAAUUAUGUAGAUGCAGCGAAUUGUUACAAGAAAUCUGAUAUUAAUGAAGCGGUAAAUUGUUUACUAAAAGCCAUAGAAAUUUAUACAGACAUGGGUAGAUUUACUAUGGCUGCUAAGCACCAUCAAACCAUUGCUGAGAUGUAUGAAACGGAUGCUGUUGAUCUGGAACGAGCUGUUCAGCAUUAUGAACAGGCUGCCGAUUACUUUCGUGGUGAAGAAAGCAAUUCUUCUGCUAAUAAAUGUUUGUUAAAAGUUGCUCAAUAUGCAGCGCAGCUAGAGAAUUACGACAAAGCAAUACAAAUAUACCAAGAAGUGGCUUCCUCAGCUUUAGAAAGUUCACUGUUAAAAUAUAGCGCUAAGGAGUAUUUAUUUCGCGCCGCGCUGUGUCACUUAUGCGUUGAUGUUCUUAAUGCACAACAUGCCUUAGAGCGCUACAUCCAAAUGUAUCCCGCUUUCCAAGAUUCACGCGAGUAUAAACUUGUUAAAACACUUAUAGAACACAUUGAAGAGCAGAAUGUUGAUGGAUACACAGAUGCUGUGAAAGAUUACGAUUCAAUUUCUCGUUUAGAUCAAUGGUACACUACUAUAUUGUUACGUAUUAAGAAACAACUUAACGAAAGCCCAGAUCUGCGCUGAAAAAUGUGUUCCAUCUUAUAUCCGUUGUUUAAAUUUGUUAAUUGUUAAUCUAAAUGAACUUAUAGUUUAUUUAUUUUCAUUUUAUCUAUAGUUAAUAUUAUGUUAUUAAUUAGUGUUUUUAUUUGAUCUAUAGAUAGCACAAUUUUGUGUGGCGUAAAAUUUCAUACUGGAUUUUCUAAAUUUCAAACACGUUAUUCAUUGCAGUUAAAACAUUAUUUCUUUCAAUUUUUGUGGAUAUUGGUUAUAUUUUAUGAUAGCACAUUUAGUAAAA